AUGCAUACUGUCGGCCUUGCGUGUCUUGUAGCCACGGCCAAUCUAUCCGCGGCGACCCGCGUCUUCGCAGAGGCUAGGCAUCCAACAAGCUCUGUGAACCUCGAAAAGGCAUCAUCAUUGUGUGAAAUGCAGCCUCUCAGGCACCAGAAAAUCCACCAGCCCAGUCAGGAAGCUGGCCGGCGGAAGCGCGGUGGUAACCGGCGAGAGCUUAUCACGGCAGCUCAGUCGGUUCUCCGAUGCUCCCCCGGUGGCCCUAAUUUGUCAUUGGCGAAUGGCCGCCAUCCUCGCCCGGCUAGUGCCCGAUAA